GCAGAUGCACAAAGUGAGAAGUGCGCAUGUGUGUGUGUUUCAACUUCCUGUGCUGUCACAGAGUUUGCUUGUGUGCGUGUUCAGUGUGAAACGAGGCAGCAUGCAGGCCAUCAAGUGUGUGGUCGUGGGAGACGGGGCUGUGGGGAAAACAUGUCUGCUCAUCAGCUACACAACCAACGCCUUCCCGGGGGAAUACAUCCCCACUGUCUUUGACAACUACUCGGCCAACGUGAUGGUGGACAGCAAGCCGGUCAACUUGGGCCUUUGGGACACGGCCGGCCAAGAAGACUACGACAGACUCAGGCCGCUGUCCUACCCGCAGACGGACGUGUUUCUGAUUUGUUUCUCCCUGGUGAGUCCUGCAUCGCACGAGAACGUUAGAGCUAAGUGGUACCCCGAAGUACGGCACCACUGCCCGUCGACGCCCAUCAUCCUGGUGGGCACCAAACUGGACCUGAGGGACGAGAAGGACACGGUGGACAAGCUGAAGGACAAGAAACUGGCGCCCAUCACGUACCCCCAAGGACUGGCGCUGGCCAAAGAGAUAGAUGCCAUCAAGUACCUGGAAUGCUCUGCGCUGACUCAGCGAGGUCUGAAGACUGUGUUUGAUGAAGCCAUCAGAGCAGUUCUUUGUCCUCCACCCACCAAGGUCAAGAAGAAGCCCUGCACGCUCAUCUGACCACAGGCCCCUCCAAAAAAAGUGACCGUCUGCCUUCAUCAAAGAACUUCAUGGACCUCCAACGAGAUUCUUGAACACGUGUACAAAAUGUCCAACAGCGAUUAAGUGGAUAUCAAGCUGUGUUAAUACUUCUCGCUGAUGCUCAGUCGAAUGUCUUUGAAAAAUGUUAUUUGUUGUGAUUAAAAUGGGAUGGGGAGGGACUGCA